AUGCCAUCAUCGACAAGCACAUUACCUGUUAAAAAGAUUGAGAAAGAAAGAAAGAUAACUCAGUUGCCUGAUGAGUAUGAAUAUGACUCUUCAGAUGAGGAGGAUAUCAGGAAUACAGUAGGUAAUAUACCAAUGGAAUGGUAUAGAGAUUAUGACCAUAUUGGAUAUGAUGUUGAGGGGAAGAAAUUACUGAAACCACAGAAAGGAGAUCAACUUGAUGAAUUUUUAGAUAAAAUGGAAAAUCCAGACUAUUGGAGAACAGUAGAUAAUAAAUCAACAGGACAGAAAGUUCUACUCAGUAAAGAAGAUGUCAAUAUUAUUCAAAAUAUGCAGAAGUUUAAAAACCCUACUGGAAGUAAUAUGUAUGAGCCAUGGGUAGAUUAUUUUAGUAACGAAAAGAUGAUACACCCAAUCUCUAAUAGACCAGAAACUAAGGCAUCGUUUGUACCCUCCAGGUGGGAAAUGUUAAAGGUAUCACAAAUGGUUCAUGCGUUGAAGAUGGGAUGGAUGAAACCUUCAAGAGAGAAGACAGUACAGAAUGAAGAGGAGGAGAAUAAAUUUUAUAUGUUGUGGAAAGAUGAUCAAGAGUCUGAGAUUACCAAACAGUACCGUCAAUAUAUACCAGCACCAAAAGUUAGACUUCCUGGUCACGCUGAAUCUUACAAUCCUCCUGAAGAAUAUCUACCUUCAGAAAAACAGAAAUUAAAGAAGGAGGCUGCAAGAGGUAAACCUAGAUUAAUCCCAACCAAAUUUUCAUCUUUACGACUUGUACCAGCCUACGCCAACUAUAUUAGAGAUAGAUUUGAAAGAUGUCUAGAUUUAUAUCUUUGUCCACGUCAAAGAAAAGUUCGUAUGAAUGUUAACCCAGAAGAUUUGAUACCCAAAUUACCCAAACCUAGAGAUCUACAACCUUUCCCUACUACAGAAUCAUUGGUAUUCAGAGGACAUAAGGGUAUAGUAAGAUGUAUUUCACCUGAUCCUAAAGGACAGUGGAUAGCUUCAGGUUCUGAUGAUAAAACAGUAAAGAUAUGGGAAGUAGCGACAGGUCGUUGUAUUAAAACAUUUAAACUAGACAGUAAAGUGAAGAGUAUAGCCUGGAAUCCCAACCCAUCUCUUUCUAUUAUAGUUAUUGCUAUAGAAACUUGUUUAAUUUUAAUAAAUCCUGAAGUUGGAGAUAAAUUAUUGUCCAGUAAAACAGAUACCUUGAUCAGUUCCUUCGAGGAGGUGGAACCACAACCUGAUAAACCAAAAGUAUCUGAGUGGAAUGUGUAUGAAGAUAAGGAAUAUGAAGAAGGAUACCGUUUAAAAAUACAACAUCAGCGAGAAAUAUCACACGUUACUUGGCAUGGCAAGGGAGACUACUUCGCUUCCACUCUACCAAAAGGUGAAAGUAAAUCAGUUUUAAUACAUCAGCUGACUAAACGAAGGUCACAGAAUCCAUUCUCUAAACCAAAAGGAUUAGUACAAUGUGUUUUAUUUCAUCCUAUCAGACCAUUCCUGUUUGUAGCUACUCAAAGAUAUGUACGUAUUUAUAACUUGAUGAAGCAAAGUUUAUCUAAGAAGUUGGUAGGAAAUUGUCGCUGGAUAUCAAGUAUGGCUGUACAUCCUGGAGGUGAUAAUGUUAUAAUCGGAAGUUAUGAUUCUAAACUAUCUUGGUUUGAUUUAGAUUUAUCAACUAAACCUUAUCAUACACUCAGACAUCACACUAAAGCCUUACGACAAGUAACGUACCAUAAACGCUAUCCUCUCUUUGCCUCGGCUUCUGAUGACCUGUCAGUUAUAAUCUGUCAUGGAAUGGUGUACAGUGAUUUAUUACAGAACCCUCUCAUAGUUCCAGUUAAAAUAUUACGUGGACAUAAAGCUGCUAAAGGUCUGGGUGUUCUAGACUGUCAGUUCCAUCCUUCACAGCCUUGGAUAUUUACUGCUGGAUCCGAUUCUACCAUCAGGCUCUUUACUUGA